UCCUCACUCUGGCAAGCCUCCUCCUGGACUCACUUCUGUCGCACGCCCCCACGCAAAAAUGUCGGCGCUUAUGUUCGGGCAAUUACGGGCCCAUCUCUCUCGCGUGCGCCACGGCGCAUACUUAGUCUCUGGGUCACAUGAUGCCUGUCAUGGCCGCCUCCGUGGCCUGGGGAUGCGUGAAUGCUGGGUUCCUACUGCGAGCGGCCAGGGGUGCUUGGUGGUGCCGACCCGGGGGCUUUUGGGGGUCCGGGGAGGCGGCGGCGGCGGCGCCUGCGACAGCCAAGAAGUUCCGGGCGACAGGCUCGCGCCCGGCGGGGAAGGAAGAAGCCGGCGGCCCCGAGCGGCCCGGGGACGUGGUGAACGUGGUGUUCGUAGACCGGUCAGGCCAACGGAUUCCGGUGAGCGGCAGAGUCGGGGACAAUGUUCUCUACCUGGCCCAGCGCCAUGGGGUGGAUCUGGAAGCCACACUGGCUUUCUUGCUCUUCUUCAAACAGCCCAGUUCAUGCCUGCCUCAAGGCCUUCGCAUUUGCCGUUCCAUCAGAAGUGCUUUCCCACCAGAUCUUCUGGCUCCUUCUCAUCCUUCAGGAGCCUGUGAAGCCUCCCUGGCGUGCUCCACCUGCCACGUGUAUGUGAGCGAGGACCACCUGGACCUUCUGCCUCCUCCUGACGAGAGGGAGGACGACAUGCUGGACAUGGCCCCCCUCCUCCAAGAGAACUCCCGGCUGGGCUGCCAGAUUGUGCUGACACCUGAGCUGGAAGGGGCUGAAUUCACCCUGCCCAAGAUCACCAGGAACUUCUACGUGGACGGCCACGUCCCCAAGCCCCACUGACUCACGCAGCUGGAUGGUCCCAGACACUCACGGCCCCAGGGCCAGGACUGGAGGAAUAGCCAAGUUGCCAGCCCCGCCCAGAGCACGGGACAGGCCCGGGAGAGAUGGCGGAAGCAACCGGAAGGCCAGAACGCGUGCUUCAGAGAGAUCCCGCGUCCAGGCUCUGGUGGGGACAGGGCCCCUGUUGGGUCAGCCUCCCCCAAACCCCUGAAAAUGGGGGUGUGGAUAGGGGUGGAACCUAAUCGGAGAGAUAAUAAAACCGGCUCACAGA